UUGCGACCGGCGUUGGUUUGUCGAAUUUUCACCGGGUAGUUGGGAAAAAUAUUUUCCCUAGUGAAAGUUGUGCAAAAGUUAGUGAAAACUUGUGAAAUCGAUCCAUUAGUGUGUGGGGAAAUUCAUCGAGGUUAAAGUUUGCUGAAAAACAGUUGAAGUAUUCUAAAAUGACAAGUACCAUGCCCUAUAAUGACGGGAACGGAAACGACGGAUGCGGAUCCGGUUUCUUUAUUCGCUUGCGCGGACUUCCGUGGAACAUCACGGAGGCUGACAUCCGCGACUUUUUGAACGGAGUCGAAAUUGAUCAGGUGCACAUUUGCAUCAACCAGAUGACCAAGCGUCAGACGGGCGAAGCUUACUUGCGUUUGCCGACGCUGGAUGAUCAGAUCAAGGCGCUGGAUCAGAACAAGGCCACCCUCGGCCAUCGGUACAUCGAGGUGUUCACGGCUUCGGACGAUCAGUUUGAUACGGCUGUCAACCGGGACGAGAACGCCGAGGAUGGCGGUCCGGUACUGAAGUUGCGUGGCUUGCCCUGGUCCUGCACCAAGGAUGACGUCAAGCGCUUCUUCAACGGGUUGACGAUAAAGAAUGGCUAUAAUGGGAUUGUUUUGCCACUGGAUCAGCUGGGACGGGCAUCUGGGGAGGCGAUUGUUGAAUUUGCAACUGAUGCCGAAGCCGAACAGGCCAUGAGCAAACAGAAAGAGAAGAUUGGGAACAGAUAUAUCGAGCUGUUCCGCAGUAGCACUCGUGAACUGAAGUGGGCCGAGAAACGUCUGCGGCGUAUGUCACCGUACGGCGGCAGUGGCGGUGGCGGCGGCGGAGGUGGUCGUAGCAACUCGAGUAACGAUGGCAACGAUAGCAACAGCCGUGCGCGCUUCCCACCGGGUCAAGGUUACGGUCGGGGAUCGGGCGGCGGAGAUGACUACGAUGAUUCUCCAUCCGGUGGUGGUGGUGGUGGCGGUAUUGGCGGUGGCAGCAACUGGAGUACUCGCGAUGGCAAUGGCUUCGGCGGAGGCAACAGCUUCGGUGGCGGAAAUAGCUACGGCUCCACCGGUGGUAACAACUACGGAAGCAGUGGCGGCGGUGGCAACAUGAGCAGCGGUGGCGGCGGCGGCGGCGGUGGCAACAUGUACUCCGGUGGGUUGGCCAACAAUACGGGCAACAUUGACAUCUUGAGAUUGUUGCAGGAUCAGUUGAAGCGUGGCGGAAGCACCAGCUACGGUUCGGGACGCGGCAGCGGUGGCAAUUACAGCACCGGAGGUAGCGGCUUCGGAGGCGGUAACUUUGGCAGCAGCAAUGACAACACCGGCUCCGGAGGAUUCGGCUCGGACCGUGGCUUCCGCUCCACUAGCGGUGGUGGCGGUGGAGGCGGGGGUGGUGGCCAACUUGGUGGCAACAAUUACAGCAGCUUCGGUAGCAACACCAGCGGCGGCGGCGGUGGAACCAAUUUCACCAGCAAUGACUUUUUCAGCAGCGGCGAACAGGAUCUGUUCUGCGUACAUCUGAGAGGCAUGCCGUUCAGUUGUGACGAGCAGGACAUCUACGACUUCUUCAUGCCGCUGAGACCGGUCAAGUCUUCGGUUUCAUUCGACUCCAGAGGUCGUCCGUCCGGCGAAGGUGACGCCUACUUCGACACCAUGGAGGAAGCGAUGAAGGCCAUGAAGAAACACAAGGAGAAGAUGGGUUCGCGGUACAUCGAGCUCUUUGCUGGAUCACGACGACCGCAAAGCAAGUUUAUGGAUUGAACUACUACUCCGAUUGCAAGAGAUUCAGCAACACUCGACAUGGUGACAAGUGAAGAAACUUAGCUUCCAGAUGUGUAAUUUCCCGACACAAAUGCAUUGAUUAAUUCGAGUUCAACAUUUACUACAUUCGCUCACAACCACACAUAAUAUAAACAAACAGCUAGAGAGUAAGUGUCGGGGUGGCAAACCUCCCGGCAAUCCACCAUUACAUUUGAGAGAAAAAGAAAAGCACUUAACAACUUCGAAGCUAAAUCACUUUUCAUUUAUUUUAGGUUUUAAGAUAGGAAAUAUUGUUUUUCAGUUUUUAAACGUUUGAAAAAUAACGCAAUUUAUCGAAGGAACAAAACAUAAGAGUGUGUGGUAACUUAACCGAAGGCGUAACUAACUCAACUUACCAGGUCACUAGUUUGUAAACACAAAAAAUAAGAAAACAUUGAAUACAUCAGUAUCUAUGCUUCAGGAUCCUAA